GUCCAUCUCUGCCGGCACUUGGCUCCGAGGAGGGGCAGCACUUCAAGGAGUACGCGGUGGCUCGCGACUUCGAUGCGGAGAAGUUCCACCUCAAGACCUCCGAGCUGGAGGCGACCAAGGCUGGCAAAACCUUGUGGGCGUGGCUGUGGUCCACAUCAACGAGGCCGGUGGAGCGGGCUCGAGAGUUCGGGUCUGAAUCGGAGACCGAUACGAAACCAUGCGGGGCUCACCGUGUCGAGUGGAUCGACCGUGAUGGAGACCAUCGGCUGGCUGGCGCACCCUGCAAACUUGGCGGGACCAACGUGUGCCCGCUGUUGGUGGAGGACCGCCUGGACGAGACAGGCGAGAUGGCAAUGUGCCCCCAGCACGCCUUCGACUACGAGCGGAGGAGACGGGUUCAGCAGUGCUUCGCGGUUGGGUGCUUGCAUGCCGGUGUUGAGGACGAUGAGGGUCUUCGUCGACGCCGUUUCCAUCCUGUUUUGAGGAGAACUUCAUUUCGGAAGAGAUCGCCCGCGAGGUCGGACCCAGGUGAAGGUGACGAUCCUGAAGAACCAGAGCUUCCUCCCCGAGGGCAUCCUCCCACGAAAGAGAUCAAGCGCCUCCUCGAUGAGAUUCGCACCGAGGUCGGGGCGGCGAAAAAGGCGAGGGACAAGUCCCCGGGCGGCACCCCGAAAUCCAGCAUCCAGAAGAACUUGGCCAAGCUUGGGCUCUUGGAUUCUCCUCAGCGCGAACACCCGCUCUCCAUUUUGGAGGAGUUCUUCAACCAGUUCGCAGAGGGCAAGGACAUGGGACUGACUGAGGAAGGAGUACGAGCCAAUUUGGCUGUGGAGCGCGGCAUGUCUUUGAGGGAGAUCACUCAGGGGCUUCUGAAGCAGGCCCUGGAUGAGCAGGCCAAGGGGCAGAGGGGCUUGUCGAAGUUCGUGAGGGCCUGGCAGCAGUCAUCGACCCGCACCUCGUCUCCAUCCAGCUUGGCUCGCGGCAGUUCGGUGCCUUCAUGGGAGACGGUGGACUCUCCGGAUCGGGCUCUGCCUGCUACACCGCCGGGACCCCCACCAGCUCUUCCGAUCAGCAACCCGGGCAUCUAUGGCAUGGAGGAUCGCAAGGCGGGCGCGGCUGAGGGAGCGUCCUCUUUCGAGUCCAUCGCCAAGGCCAUUCAGUCCCAGUCGGCCCAGAUUGCUUCCCUGGUGAAAUCUCACGCGGAGAGCGCAGCACUUCCACCCGGCGCGGUGAAGCGGCUCAACAGGACCGCAACCAGUACCAUGUCGUCGUCGGUGCAGGAGAGCAGGGCCGCAGACUUUGUCCCGCAGACCGAUGCAGAGCUGGACGCCUACGUGAUGGAGAUCCGCGCGAACAAGACGGGCAACGACCAAAGGCCCCCGCCCCCUACGAGGCUGGAAGAUUGGGAAGGGCGAGUUCGUCGACAGAACGAUGUUUGGUCUUUAGUCUAUGGGGCGGAGUGGAAGCCGGUCCGUGGCCACGCGUUGGAGCUCCUUCUGGAGUGGCAUCAGGGAGAGCCUCACAAGUGGCCCCUUACUGUCAUCAUGGAGGUGUGGGAGGAGUUGCAUUGGCGCUUCUUUGAGGAGCUCAAAGAGACCCUGAGGCUGCUGAAGAAGGAGGCGGGCCGGGACACGAUGUCGUUGCAAGACUUGAAGUUUCAUGCGUUGCUGCCCAACUCGAGCGGUACUGCAUGGCUGGAGCUCCCGAGGACCUUUGACCUUCGCAGGCCCGACGGUUGGUUCUCGUCAGAGGUGCUCCCUCGGAUCGAACGACGCCAGGAGCGCAUGCUGUGGCGCCUCACCUGCGAAGGUGGUCGCGGUGGCAAGCCCACAGGCUCAGCCCACGCCGGGGGUGAUGCGAGGACCGACCCGGCAGCGAAGCCAAAUUUUCGAAACCUUUGGGGCCCGAAGCUUACGCCAGAGGAGGUCAAUCGGGCCAAGGAGCGCGCGCCCCUCGACAAGGACGGCGUACUGUUGUGCUGGGGAGCUCUCACGCACAUGGGCUGCAACAAUCCGUCCUGCCAGCGAUCCCAUGCGGACUUGCAGGGGAAGUUUGAGACGUUGGAGCCGUGUGUGCAGAUGCAGUUGCUUCGGCGCGGAGGACUUCGGCGCAUGAAGUGCGAGACCCGGGAGAGUGUCGCGGAGAAGAUCAAGGCGUUGCGAGCCGGGGUGGCGAAGGACCGGGCCAGCAAGCUGGAGGGUCGGAAGUCAGGGCAGGCCACGGAGGUGGAGGAUAAGCCCGCAAGUACUCGUGCAGGUGGUGAGGCGGUCGUGCCCACCGAGAUCCCCGCGGAGUUCGGCAUCGUGGACUUCACAACCGCGGAAGAGGAGCUCCGAGAGGCUCUGAAGGGUCCCGAUGCUUGCUGGUUGGAGACUGUCGACAACCCGCAAAACGUCCUGGAAGCCAGCUUGGCGGAGAUCCUGGGCGACAUGGCCACCUACGGCUUGGGGGACCUGGCGGCGGAGGCUUCGCGCAUCCUGGAAGCUAAGUGCGAGCACAGGGCAGGCUCCGUGGGGGGCAUGGUGGUCUCAGACAUCGUUUGGGAGCCUGGCCAACCGGGGCGUGGCACGGCGGUCAUCGAGGGUGCCACCUGGACGGUUUGGGACUACAAGGAAGAAGUCCUCAUGUCGGAUGAGUUGGCAGCAAUGCUUCGUCAACCGGAGGAGGGCGUGGAGCGACGCCAGUGCGUGACGAAAGCAGUCGCGGCCGGUGUAGUCUGGAGGUGCUUGGCGAGGAGGCCCACCAUUGCCGAGGUCGACGAGAAGUCGCUUUGCUUGCGCCUGGAGCAGACGCGUCAGGCUUUGGAGGCACAGAGCAUGAUGAUGGGCGAGCCGGCGCCGAGAGUCGCACCGAUUGAGGCCGAGAUCCGUGUCUUUUCCCACGACAUUGUCAGGGCCAGUCACGACAAGGACUUUCGGUCGUUGGAGGUGUUCCCGUUGCAGGAGCUAGGCUGGCCGCUACUGCCCGGAGUUUACGCGUGUGGUGGUGUCGACCCUGCAACAGGUUUUGGUUCCGGGGGGGGAGAGGACAGUAGCAUUCAUGCGAAUGGCGCGCCACAGGAGGAGGAAACUCGCGCCGGAGGCACCCACCGCGGUCUCGACCACUUGGAGCGCAACCCAAAGGAUGUGGGCCACUACUCUGGCUGGCUGGAUGAGUUGGACGGCGUGGAGGACAUCUUCACGCGUGCAGGUAGCAUGGAGUACCACGCCCCGUCGGAGCAGGCCAAGACAAAGGCCAAGCACUACAUCGACCUCGCGAGGAAAGGGGGCCCGGGAACGCCGGAGGCCUGGGCCGAGCUAUGCGAGAAGGGACGCGACCUCGUCAAGCACGCGGGCUCGGUUCGUUUGGCGGCAGAAAGCUUGUGGGAAGUGCGGGAGGAGGAGUUGGGCCCGGUCAUCUCGAGCCCCUUCGAUGCUGUGGACAAGAUGCUUCCAGACCGUUCGGUCGCCCCAGACAAGAGAAUCGUGCACGACCAGAGAGUCAUCAACGGCGGCACCGACAAGGAAUGGCAUCCACCUGCAGUCCAACCUCGGCACGAACAGAUCGCACGCCUUGUGCUGCGGGCCAAGGCCCAUUUGCCGGGCACUGAGAUUCUCAUGAGCAAGAAGGACGUGGCGGGGGCGUUCCGGCUGCUAUGGGUGGACCCAAGGGACGCUGAUUUGUUUGCCGGGGACCUGCCCUGGGUUCCAGAGGAAGUGGAGCCUGGUGUCCGGGAAAGCGAGGGUGUCGAGAUGACCGUCGUCUACCUCGUAAAUCUCAGCUGGGGCUUCGAGAGCCGUGUUCUGGUUGAUGACAAUGUGCUGGUGGAGCCGUGGAUAGGCCUGCGGCCGUGGGUCGCCGGCGAGGUCUACGAGGCCGGUGUGAAGCUUAUGCUGGGCGAAGCCGCGGUGAACAGGGAAAAGGACCUUGUGGAAGGCCCUUUCCGCACUUUCCAGACGGUCUGGGGCCUGGACAUGGACACGGCCACUGAGGAGAUCCACCUUCCCGAGCGGCGAAUCACCACGGGAUGGACGGUCAUCGUGCGCGGCCUCAAGAACGAACUCAAGGCCGCGGACCGGUUUCUGGGCACGGAGAGUGAAGGAGGUGCCAGGGUGCGGCCGAAGCUGGCCGUGCACGACGAUGCCGAGGAGGAGGACAACGCUUGGCGCGAUCUAUGGGAGCUCUUUGAGGAGGUGCGGUGGCUUUGCACUCGACCAGAGACCUGGCCCACGAAGUUUGGCGCGGGCAUGAAGGAGUUGUUGCCCCCCCGGGAGCGGUUAGCCCUUGCUGGUGAGUGGGAUGCCGGGACCAUCUUCGUGUCAUCAGAUGCUACAAAAGUCAAGAUCGCGGCGAUCGACUGGACCAAUGGUGUGGCUCUGCGCAUGUCUGCGGCCAGUGCUGCCGCUUGGGUCCAGCGAUGUCAGGAGGGGGAUGAGAUUGCCAUCCAUGUGGCGGAGAUGUUGUCCCUCCUGGCGUUCGCUUGCCAUGUGGGGCCUCGAUGGAGCGGCAGAGUGGUGCUGUACGGGGGUGACAACAAGAUAGUCCGGGAGGAACCUGCUUGA